AAAUCGCAAUUUCUGCGAAAAAUUAAAAAGAAAAAAAUAAAAAAUGGCAGGAUUUUCACUCGGUACGAACAAAAAAAUAAAAAAUAGCAUUUUUCAACGAAAUCCUUCGAUUAUCCCGUUAGACGACAUCUUCGCAUGUCCCAUUUGCUGCACGAAUUUUCGUCCCAACCACAAAAUCAAGCAAUGUCGUGAAGGGCAUUCGAUUUGCGAGCGAUGUUUUGGCCUCGUAACGGAUUGCCCGAUUUGUCGUUGUGCCUUUUUGGGCACUCGCAACCUCAUAAUGGAAAAACUCGUGAACGCCUUGCACGAUAUUGACCCAAAAGUCAUCGCAAAUUCGUUUGUGGCGAUUCGCGAAAAGACCGAAGACCCCAAAAAAGACGGAGAAACGCAAAAUUUGAUCUGGAUUCCAUCGGGCAAAAGCUCGUUACCCACAAAUGCAGUCUUGGCGAGUUACAAUAAACAAGGUCAUCCGUUGUACAUCGGCAGAGUAACGCACGAAAACGCAUUAAUUCCAGGUAAAGUGAAUCCACGGCAGAAACUUUGUUACUUCCCCGCCGAUGGAGAGGAGAAAUGCAGCGAAAAUUACGAAGUUCUCGUAUCGACAAACGAAUCCAUGGAAAAUUGUUGGAUUUCCUGCUCGGAUGGCGAUGUCCCAAAUAAUGCUUUUCCCGCUGGAAGGUCCGCUGACGGCGAAGUUUUGUACGUGGGAAGGGCAUUUCACGACGGGGUCUUGACUCACGGGAAAGUUCAACCUUCAGAGGGGGCUUGUUUUUUGCCAUUUUACGACGAAGAAGUCAAAUGUCGAACGUACGAAGUUUUUGUCGACGUCACGAGACGCAAAGGCGACGAAGAAGCAGCGGGAAGUAGCAUCAAAGAGGACGACAGCUUCGAAAUUUGCGAAUAAACGGACAAUUUUUUCAAAUUUUUGCUGUUCGAAAAUUUUGACAUUUACGUCGAAACUCAU